CACCAGUUCUUCUCAUCUCCUGUUCUAGUCCUUGUUUCUUGUUUCGCCAAUACAAUCUCUUGUCGCCCAUCGCUCUCGCCUUGUCUUCUUUACUUUGCUCCCGCCUCCGCCGUCGAGAUCAUAACACAAUGGCCGCCUCGUCAAUCUUGCCCUCGAACCUCGCCGCCGCGCUGGUCCCGGGGGCUCCGCCACAGUCACCUUCGCUUUGUGAGUCGCCGGACGAGGCCGGGACGCCGGAGGACUCGGAAACCGCGGGGUCCCAUGAAACGCCGCAGGACACGCAGUCCGAGACGCAGAACCCGUCGGAGACGCCGCCAGAGACGCCGCCAGACACGCAGGAGCAGCUGGGGUCGCAGCUUCACUCCCAACUGGGAGAUUUUGCGCGUAUGGAGUCGCAAAUGACCCUGGAGAACAUACUGGAGGGGUCCGCGGCCGGCGAUGGGGAGUCCCCAACCAAUGGGGGGCCGUCUAGCGGUUUGCAGAGUCAUGAUACACCCGCUCCUCCUGUUCCGGUGGUCCCUGCUACCCCCGUCGUGCCUGCCACGGCAUCCGAGGGGCAGGCCUCUGGCGCGCAACCCCUCUCCAGCGCUCAUAAGGCUCUGUACCAGGUGCAAACUAGUCUGUCUACCGCCGCUAGCCCGGCAGCGUCCGCCCCGCACACGCCCGCGCAGGCGGCUACGAAAGCCACUAGGAAGCGAAAGAGCUCCGCCGUAUCGGAUCUUGCGGACCCCGUUACGUUGGAUGACGAGGCCGGGAAGAGCGGGGCAGGUAGUAGUCGCAGCGCCCGGGCGAAAUCCGGGAUGAUGACUGUCAUCAGUGACGUGAUGGCGGGCCGGGGAGACCGAACUCGCCUCAAAAUGGAUAUGGAGGAGCGCCGCAUGGCAAGGGAAUCUGCGCUGGAUGAGCAGAUACUUGAAGAGAGGCGGUUGACCAGAGAGGAGGCCAGUCAACGCUCAGUUGGAGCUUGAGGAGCGCCGAGAGGCGAGGGAGGCGGAGCUUGAGGAGCGGCGGUUUGCCAGGGAGUCCGUGGAGCGACGAUUCCAGCUGGAGCUUGAGGAACGGCGCGCGGACCCCGAGAGACGCAGGCUGGACAGCAAGCGCAAAUGGGAUUUCAAGAUGAAGGCCCUCGAGAUGAAGGCCAGGCUGCGGGACA